UGCGCGGUCCUGAGCCGGGCAGUGCCGGCUGCGCGGGCGGCGCGGAGCUGUGCCGGGCUGCGCGGCGCUGCGCGGGGCUGCGCGGAGCAUGUCGGCGCUGCGGCGCAAGCUGGGCGAUGAGUACCAGGUGGUGAGCACCUCGGCCAGCGGCGGCGGCCUCCCGCCCCCGCGYAGCGCCCCGCGCGGGAAGCGCCAGCGCUUCGUGGACAAGAACGGGCGCUGCAACGUKCAGCACGGCAACCUGGGCGGCGAGAGCAGCCGCUACCUCUCGGACUUCUUCACCACGCUGGUGGACCUCAAGUGGCGCUGGAACCUGUUCAUCUUCAUCCUCACCUACACCGUGGCCUGGCUCUUCAUGGCUUCCAUGUGGUGGGUGAUCGCCUACAUGCGCGGGGACCUCAACAAGGCGCACGAUGACAGCUACACCCCGUGCGUGGCCAACGUGUACAACUUCCCCUCGGCCUUCCUCUUCUUCAUCGAGACCGAGGCCACCAUCGGCUACGGCUACCGCUACAUCACCGACAAGUGCCCCGAGGGCAUCAUCCUCUUCCUCUUCCAGUCCAUCCUGGGCUCCAUCGUGGACGCCUUCCUGAUCGGCUGCAUGUUCAUCAAGAUGUCGCAGCCCAAGAAGAGGGCCGAGACGCUGAUGUUCAGCGAGCACGCCGCCAUCUCC